AUGGUGAAAGAAAAGACGAAGAUCUGGGUGUUUCCUGAAGGUACGCGUAAUAAACAUUGCACAAGUUUUUUGCCUUUUAAAAAAGGUGCAUUCAAUAUGGCUAUUGCUGCUCAAGUCCCAGUCAUACCUGUUGUUUUCUCACCAUACUAUUUUAUAAAUUAUGAAAAAAGUAUUUUUAAUAAAGGUCAUAUUGUCAUUCAAUGUUUGGAUCCUAUACCUACCAAAGGAUUAAACCUAGACGAUGUGGAGAAGCUUACAAACCAGGUGCGAGAAAAAAUGGUGACUGUCUACAAAGAUCUAUGCCAAGAAGUAACAGCUAAUUUGCCAUCAGACUAUCCACAUACAAAAAUGGGUCACUAA